UUGACAUUUAUUUAAUGUUCCGCUUUGCUUCUGUGUUUCGCGCGUUGUGGUUAAGAAAUUUUUCGUUAUAAAUGCUCGGUAAUAUAUUUUUAAUUAUUUUGAAACAGAUCCAGAAUAGUUAAAAACUGUACUAAAGGAUAUAUAUAUAUAUAUAAGUAAUAAAAAUUAAUUAUUUGCAAAGAAAUUGCUUCACGUGUUUUACCAAAAUUUGAUGCAAUACCGAUUGGAUUCGAUAUACGUAAACUAUCAACAACCUUAUAAAUACUUAGUUCUCCGCUGGACUUCAGUUUUAUUUAUAAUUUUGUCACAAUCGCCUAAUAUAUUACUGAUUCAGUAAUGAUUGCUUCAACAUAUGUAAAACGUGAUGAAAAUGCAGCAGUUCCAGGCUUCCGUAGCGGUACACGAGUUCUCUUAAGCACCAUCCUUUAUCCACUCGAGUAUGCACAAAUUUUAAUUCAACUCGGCUAUGAACCGCAACCGGCUAGACCGCACACUACUACGAAUGGGCGUACAAUUAUGAUCUUUCCCAAUAUAUUUGAGUACGCACUGUAUAUUUACCGUUAUGAUGGUUUCUCUGGAUGUUUCCGUGGUGUGAAACCGAGGAUAUUGGGUAUGAUUAUUGGUGUUACAUUCAGUGAUCGAUUGGCAAAUUUUUUUACGCCACUGGAAAAACAAUUUAGCUCGAAUGAAGAGCGAAGAAUUGAGAAUUUUAAACAUAAUUUUCGACGUGAUUUGGUGGUUUGCCUGAGCAGUGUAAUAGUUUCACAUCCUUUCCAGGUCAUACAAGUUCGAAUGAUGGCACAAUUUAUCGGUCGCGAAACUAUAUAUGAUUCCCUUAUUACUUCUAUAAUUGAAAUAUAUAAGAAUGAAGGUAUUUAUGGCUUUUUUCAGGGUCUUAUACCAAGGAUGUUAAACGAAAUAGGUUCCCUACUUUUGACAAGCGCUUGUGCAUAUUUUAUAAAUAAACAUAUAGUCAGCAAAUCCUUCGGCCGCUCCUACCUAUCCGGCGCUGUACAAUUUUGUGUCACUCAUCUUUUGUAUCCUUUGCAAGUAGUAACCACUUGCAUGAUGGUUAAUGGCACUAAACUUUUGGUUGCUAACCCACCGAAUUCGGUAGUUUACAAAACCUGGUUGCACUGCUUGACUGAAAUGGAUAAAAUGAAACAACUUUCACGUGGCCGCACAUUUUUCUGGCGUAUAAAAAGCACUGUUCCGCAUGUUCCAAUAGAUUCGUCCUAUUUAAAUAUAAAUCACAGAUAUUAUUAAAAAUAUUUUUAUUAUCACAAAAUUCUGUUAAAACAAAA